AUGUCAGACCUACGCCAAAGACUGACCAAAUCUGACCAAACAAAGGCGAAGAACAACACUCCAACUCCGCGGCGACGCGGUGUAGACACGAAGUCAAAUGGUAUUGGUAUCCUCGAUAUCAUCCGCUUGUUGGUCACACUGGCGGCAGCAUCCUGCGGGCUUUCGUAUUAUAUAACCUCAUCGGAGUCACUGCUAUGGGGUUAUCGGCCUUGGUUUACCAGGUGGCCGGUAUUAAUGCGAUACCUACAAGGACCUCUACUUCUAACACCGGAACAACUCACCCCCUACGACGGCUCGGACCCUUCCCUUCCCAUCUAUCUCGCUGUUAAUGGUUCCAUAUUCGAUGUCUCUGCCAACCCAUUGGUCUAUGGCCCCGGCGGCAGCUACAAUUUCUUCACAGGAAGGGACGCAACGCGUGCGUUUGUCACGGGCUGCUUCCAGGAGGAUUUAACGUCGGAUAUGACGGGAGUCGAGGAGAUGUUCAUGCCUGUCGAUGAUCCGGAGGAAGAUAAGACAUUGAGUAGUGGCGAGAAGAAGACCCGACGGGAGCAGGACGUGAGGCUCGCGAGGACAAAGGUGCAGAAGCACGUUCAGCAUUGGGAGAAUUUCUUCCGUAAUCAUAAGAAGUAUUUUGAGGUCGGGAAAGUGGUGGGAUUGGAAUCUCUGCCGAAGGAAAAGAGGGAGCUUUGUGAACCCGCGAGAAAGCAGCGGCCUAAGAGGAAGGAUAUGAAGUAA